GGAGUUUGAACCUUCGUUCAUCACCCUCAAACCACCCCCAACUUUCAGCCUAGCCGCAAACAGAUAUUCAGUCAGGAGACUUCAACUUGAGUAACUCCGAGGGCUUCAAGAAGAUGAUGAGCUGUUAGCAGAAGAACUAGAUGCAAAGCAAAGCAAUGGCAUUAAAGAAUAAAGUGCAAAGUAUUGUUGUGACUACUAUGUGGAGAAAGAAUGCAUUUCUGGUGUCUUCAUCAAGAACUUUUGCAACCGGUUAUGACGAUAAUCGAAUCUUGAAGUCGCCUUCUUCGCUUGUUUCUCUUGACUUCCCUGAUGUCUGGAAUUAUUCUAGCUCUACCAAUUGUACUGAAUCGUCUACUCACAAACUCGUCAAUAGCGGUGCUAUAGCGGUUAGCGGACCUCAGGGUGUGUAGCGGUCCAAAUAGCAGUGGCCUAUAGCGGUUCCGCUAUUAGCGGCGCUAAAUACCGCUAUUUGGAAACCUAUAUAGCGGUUAUAGCAGUAACGCAGUAGAAUGAGGCAACACAGUAACGCAGCUAGCGAUCAUACCGCUAGAGUAAUCGAUGGAAAACAAGUUUCCGAGGAAAUCAUAUCAAACGUAGCAACGGAAGUAACAAGAAUGAAGAAAACAAUUGGUGAGGUUCCAGGACUCGGUGUAAUUUUAGUAGGUGAGAGAAAAGAUUCCCUAACAUACGUUCGUAACAAGAUAACUGCAUGUGAAGAAGCCGGAAUCAAGUUCAAACUGGCCGAAUUCUCCGACAAUUGUACCGAAGAUGAAGUUUGUGAUGCUAUAAUGCGGUUUAACGCAGAUCCAUCUUUUCAUGGUAUCCUUGUCCAGCUUCCUCUUCCUCAGCAUCUAAACGAAGAGAAGAUUCUGAAUGUAGUGAAAUUGGAAAAAGAUGUAGACGGUUUUCAUCCCGUGAAUAUGGGAAAUCUAGCGAUGAGGGGACGGGAACCGUUGUUCGUCCCGUGCACUCCGAAAGGUUGUGUUGAGUUGUUAAUCAGAUACGGUGUGGAGAUUAUGGGUAAGAAAGCGGUUGUUAUCGGAAGAAGCAACAUUGUUGGUUUACCUGCAUCCUUGUUGUUACAGCGGCACCAUGCAACAGUUACCAUUGUGACUGCAUUAACGCCAAACCCUGAAGAAAUCACACGUGAUGCUGAUAUUUUGAUAAGUGGCGUAGGAGUCCCUAAUAUGGUUCGUGGAAGCUGGGUGAAGCCUGGCGCCGUGGUGGUUGAUGUUGGAACUUAUCCAAUUGAGGACAAGAGUUGUGAGCAAGGGUAUCGGCUGAUAGGAGAUGUGUGCUAUGAGGAAGCAUCAAGGGUAGCUUCUUUGAUCACCCCUGUUCCGGGAGGAGUGGGGCCCAUGACGGUUGCAAUGCUGCUGUACAACACUCUUGAAUCCGCUACCCGUAAGUACAAUUUUGUUUAACGUGUUGAUUUGAUAAUCGUUCAACGAGCAGCUAUAUGUUAUGUGUUGUUAGAUUAAUGCGAGUGUAUAUUCCAUAUAGGAGGCACAUGAUGUACAUCUUUCUUUAGUUUUGGUUAAUUUUAUUCGUAGACAACUAUCUCAUUCUUUUCC